AUGGUUCACCGAGACAUCAAAGCUACUAAUGUGCUGCUUGAUCGGGACUUGAACCCUAAAAUAUCCGACUUUGGAUUAGCAAAGCUUGAUGAAGAGGAGAAGACGCAAAUGAGCACCCGAGUUGCUGGGACCAUAUCAGUUUCCACUUUCCAUGUCCUUGUUUACACUGGCUUAGGAUACAUGGCACCAAAAUAUGCAUUAUGGGGUCACCUGACGUACAAAGCAGAUGUUUACAGUUUUGGAGUAGUGGCCUUGGAAAUUAUUAGUGGGAAGAACAACAAUAAUUAUAUCCCAAGUGAUGACUGGGGUAACAAUCCUGGAUCCGUCACUGUCAACACCCUCUUUGCAGUCGUGGACAUUCUGGUUCUAUAG